AUGCUGGCAGACCCAGUGCCAGCUGCCCUGGGGCAAGAGCAACUCGGAGCUGUCAAGCUGGAGGAGGAGGAGGCUGUUGGCCUGGCAGGUGCCAGGCAGACAGAGGCCAGGCCACGGCCUGAGGUGGCCCACCAGCUGUUCAGAUGCUUCCAGUAUAAGGAGGACAUGGGGCCACGGGCAUCCCUGAGCCGGCUGCGGGAGCUCUGUGGCCACUGGCUACAGCCGGCUCUGCACACCAAAGAACAGAUCCUGGAGCUACUGGUGCUGGAGCAGUUCUUGAGUGUGUUGCCCCAGCAUCUGCUGGGCCGCCUGCAGGGGCAGCCGCUGCGGGAUGGAGAGGAGGUGGUGCUACUGCUGGAGGGUGUGCCUCGGGACACCAGCCAUUCUGGGCCACUGGAUUUUAGUUUCAGUGCCAGCAAGAAUUGUCCCCGUACAGACAUCAUCUUCGAGGAACAGGGGGUUCCUUCCCAGGUCCCCAGCUACAGUCCCAAGAAGGAAGAGCCCCCAGCCCUGCUGCCAUCAAAUGAAGAAGUGUCCCCAUCCCAGCCAUGGCCUGCCACACCUGCUGAGUCCACAGAGUGGACACCUGCCCCCAGUUCCUGGCAGCCCCUGAGCCCAGGACCCCAGGGGACACUCCAGGCCCUACAAGAAAGCACCCCCCAGGACCCCUCAGUGUGGCCUGAGGAAUAUUCCCGUGAUCAAGAGCUGGCUGCUGUGCUGGAGUGCCUGACCUUUGAGGAUGUCCCAGUUAAGAAGACCUGGCCUGUGCACCCUUUGGGAUUUGAAAGCAGAACUCCAGACAAGGAAGAAUUUAAACUAGAAGAGCCCAAAGAGGCUGCAUGGCCGACUACCAUCUCAGCAGAGUCCCAGGCAGACAUCCCUGAGUUAGCAGGAGAGCCUUUCGUUCAGACAGUGGGGCACAUGGCAAAGAGCGCUGGUGAAGGAGGAACCCCUCUCGACAGCAGUGAAGUUUUGGAGAGCACCUCCAGCUCAGAGGCCAAAACACACUUUAUCUGCACGGAGUGCGGGGUGAACUUCCCGCAACUCUCCCGCCUGAGAAAGCACCGGAUGCACUCGCACCCGGGCUCGCGUUCCUUCCUGUGCCUGUGCUGCGGGAAGAGCUUCGGUCGGAGCUCCAUCCUCAAACUGCACAUGCGCACACACACGGAUGAGCGCCCUCACGCCUGCCACCUCUGCAGCCACCGCUUCCGCCAGAGCUCCCACCUGGCCAAGCACCUGCUCACGCACUCCUCGGAGCCUGCCUUCCUGUGCGCAGAGUGUGGCCGCGGCUUCCAGCGCCGCUCCAGCCUCGUGCAUCACCUUCUGUCGCACGCCCAGGACCCGAAGCCCACGGCCACCCCGGAGACCGAGGACAAAGUGGCCGAAGCCAAAACGGCAGAGGUGGCUGUCGUCCUGUGUACCCAUUGCGGGCAGACCUUCCAGCGCCGCUCCAGCCUGAAACGUCACCUGCGCAACCACGCCAGGGACAAGGAUCACGGGGGCGCAGAGGGUGCGUGUGGCCUUAACCCUGGUCCCGAGCGCAGGCCCCACACGUGCAGCGACUGCGGAAAGGCAUUCCGGCGCAGCGAGCACCUGGUGACGCACCAGCGCGUGCACACAGGUGAGCGGCCCUUCUCGUGCCAGGCCUGCGGCCGCCGCUUCACCCAGAGUGCACAGCUAACCAGCCACCAGCGUGUUCACACGGGUGAGAAGCCACACUCCUGCCCGCAGUGCGGGAAGCGCUUCCAGCGGCGCGCCGGCCUCGCCCGCCACCUGCUGACCCACGGCGGCCCGCGGCCCCACCACUGUGCCCAGUGCGGUAAGAGCUUCACCCAGACCCAGGACCUGGCCCGCCACCUGCGCAGCCACACUGGGGAGAAGCCGUGCCGCUGCGGAGAGUGCGGAGAAUGCUUCAGCCAGAGCGCGCACCUGGCGCGCCACCAGCGCAUCCACACCGGGGAGAAGCCCCAUGCCUGCGACACGUGCGGCCAUCGCUUCCGCAACAGCUCCAACCUGGCCCGCCAUCUCCGCAGUCACACAGGAGAGCGGCCAUACAGCUGCCCGACCUGCGGCCGCAGCUUCCGGCGAAACGCCCACCUGCAGCGCCACCUGGUCACCCAUGUAGGACGGGCACAGGAAGGGGAGGCCCCCCAGGAGUGUCAUGAGUGUGGCAAGACCUUCAGCCGAAGCUGCAACCUGCUCCGCCACCUCCUGGUGCACACGGGGGCCAGGCCCUACUCCUGUGCACAGUGUGGCCGAGGCUUCAGCCGCAACUCACACCUGCUUCGCCAUCUGCGGACCCACGCGCGCGAGACACUGUACUAA